CAUAAAAGGAACCCUAAAGUGAAGUCUGGAACUUUUCAGUUCAUUUCUCCCAUUGGCCUCUCACAAACAAUCCUCUGCCCGCUCUCUUUCUCUCUCUGACUGAAAUAUCUGCUGUGGUGGUAGGACUAGGAAAGAAUACCACUACAUGUAAAUAGAGUGAGUGUGAGUGUCUCCCUUUAGCAACAACUACUUCUUCACUGGACAAACCAUUUGUGUGUCUUCCCCCUCUCUCUCUCUCUCUGUUUCUCACUUUCUCUUCUACUACCCCCUGUGUUUUGCUUCUCCAAAGGAAAAAGCUCAUUUCUCGUGAAGCAGUGCAAGAAAUGAAGCUUCAGAUCAUACCAACAAAACCCUUCUAGCCAUUUUUAACUAACCCCCAUCCACAUUGGCAUUACUCGCUAGCUUAGCUUCCAUUUCUAGCCAUUCUUCUUCUUCCAUCAAACCAAAUGUCGAUGCCACUGGGCCAGCAGCAGCCUGAAAUGGGGCAGGAGCCUUUCGCCAUUCACUCGUCGUCGUCCUCUCACGCUUCGAUCGGGCCGGUCAUAGCGGUGCUGGUAGUGAUCAUGAUUCUCGGCAUUGUGGCAGUGAUGAUUGGAAGGCUGUGUUCUGGAAGGACCAUACUGGGGUAUGGUCAGUACGAUAUAGAGAGCUGGGCAGAGACCAAAUUCUCAUCUUGCAUUGAUGGAAGGAUUACCACCACCACCGCCACUCCACCGCCGGCCGCCGCCACAAGAGCUCCACAUCCUCCGGCUGGUGACAAUGCAGUAGCUUCCCCUGCUACCACUAGUACUACUCCUGCUCAUGAAGAACAAGAAGAAGAAGAUGAUGAAGCUAAUGCAGCAGCUUAAACUCAACUUCCACUAUGGUUUCUACUCACUAUUUUGGGUCUGGGAAACAUUUGUUGACUGCUAAACCAUUUGUGAUAUUGAAUGAAUGUUCUUGUUACUUGUUUAGGUUUGAUUGACUCUGUUCUUUCUUGAAUCCAAUUUUCUCUCUGUUUUUGGUUAUUUCGUUCUGAUAUUUUGAUUUUUUUGGGUUUGUGGGUUCACGUGAAGGGAAGGGAAGGGGACUGACACGAUGAGAAUGAUAUAUCGGAGUGGGUAGUGUUAUUCCCACGAAACUGUAGCCAUCAGAGAAGUGAGAAGAGAAAGAAAAGGGUAUGAUGGGU